AUGCCAGCCUGUUUGGAUCCGUGGGCGCACCAGGCAAGUGAAUGGUUAUGUCUUCAACAUGAACAACUGAUUGAUAAAUUUACAGAUGUUCCAGAUCAUAAUAUCUCUCUUUGGGGCCUUCUUCUUGCUAUUCGAGGCCCUUUACAGCUCUUCGCCAAUGUCCGUCCGGUGCGAAGCUUCCCCGGUUCCAAAAGCCCUCUCGCGAAUUUACCCCCCGAAGGAAUCGGCUGGGCGCUCGUGCGUGAGAACUCAGAAGGCGAGUAUUCAGGGCAUGGCGGACGCUCCCACAUUGACCAGCCGUGGGAAGUAGCGACUGAAGUUGCCAUCUUUACCCGUGCGGGCGUGGAGCGUAUUCUGCGAUUUGCGUUCGAGAUGGCACAGUCCCGGCCCCGAAAACACUUGACAAUCGUUAGUAAAAUCAAUUCUCUACGCAAUGGACUCGUCCUCUGGGAUAAUGUGGCAGCGGAAAUCGCCCGGGACUUUCCCGAUGUGAGUUGGGAUAAGACAUUGGUGGAUGCCAUGACCGUCCGUAUAGUCAACAAGCCCAAUACCCUUGACACCAUCGUGGGCACGAACCUCCACAUGGACAUCCUGUCUGAUCUAGCCGCAUCACUUGCGGGAUCUAUUGGCAUUGCUGCAUCUAGCAACUUAGAUCCUACUCGAAAGAACCCCUCAAUGUUCGAGCCGGUCCAUGGUAGCGCGUUUGAUAUCACGGGGCGAGGUGUUGCCAAUCCCCUUGGAGCUAUCUGGUCGGCCGCUGAGAUGCUGACAUGGCUGGGUGAGUCGACAGUAGCCGAGCACCCAAUGGAAUGCGUGCAAACUGUCUGUCGAGCCGGCAUCUUGACGGCAGAUCUUGGGGGGAAUGCAAAGACUCAAGAUAUGGUGAAUGCAAUUUGCGAGGAAAUUGAGCGGCGAGGUCCCUUCUAG